AUGGCUUCUGGUGGAAAAUCCGGCGGGAAGGCUGCUUCUGGUAGCGCCAAGACAUCUCAGAGCCGAUCCUCCAAGGCCGGUCUCGCCUUCCCAGUUGGUCGUGUUCACAGACUUUUACGCAAGGGCAACUACGCUCAGCGUGUCGGUGCUGGAGCUCCAGUUUACCUCGCUGCCGUCCUUGAGUACCUCGCUGCCGAAAUCUUGGAAUUAGCUGGCAACGCUGCCCGCGACAACAAAAAGACCCGUAUCAUCCCACGUCAUCUUCAGCUCGCCAUCAGGAACGAUGAGGAAUUGAACAAGCUCCUCGGACAUGUCACAAUCGCACAGGGUGGUGUCUUGCCCAAUAUUCACAACAAUCUCCUCCCGAAGAAGACCGGAAAGGCCCAGAAGGGUGCUUCUCAAGAAAUUUAA